AUGGACGAGCACGUUGAACGAAUACUGGCUGAACUAGAAUAUCAGGAAUGGUAUCAUGGAUUUCUCCCAUUUGAGGACAUCGUAGGAUUGCUUCACAAGAAUGGAGAUUUCCUAAUAAGAGCUUUAGAUCCAGUUGGAGAAAAGCCUCCCGUGGUGAGUUACUUGUGA